ACAGUAAUGUUCUAUGCAUAUAAACAAAUGUUCUUACUGAAGUGUAUCUUGAGUCAGAUAUCAGUGCCUUUAAACUGCCAUUUCUUGUCGUAAAUGCUUUUUCUUCUGGCAUAAAUACUGUAGGUUCAUGGGAACCGCCUUUUUCAAAAUGAUAAACGCAUUCAAUUACCCGGAGUGUUCUCAGAAAAUAUCAUAUGAUAGGCUAUGUAACAAUAUCUAAAACAAAGUAUUUCAACAUUUGAUACUGUGAUUUUCCUACGGCAGCAAGAGAAAUGUCGACCAUUUUAUCUGUGCACACCGUCGUUCAAAGUCAUGUGAUUCCUGGCACUUAUUUUAGAUAAUAUAAAAACGUGAAAAUGGCAACCAUUAGACAUGAAAGGCACCUGCGAUAUAUUCUCUUGCUCGGUGAGGGAGGAACCCUUGUGUUACAAGAAAUUCUAAAACGAGAAAUUAAGAAUUCGGGUAAGACUUUGGAGGAACUUUUAAUCGGAUAUAAAAGUCGAAUAAAACAACGGACAUUCAGCGAAUCAUUUUUGAAAGUUUACCCACAAACCGGAAUUCCAGACGAAACAACAUGGGACAUAUCCCUGUUAGCGUUAAUCAUCUUGCAGCUAUUCGGAGGAAGUCUGAUGAAAGACGAAUGCCAAGAGAUAGAAAAUAUUAGGAAAACAAGAAAUAAUUUAGCUCACACUUUCUCCUUGUCUAUGGAUGAAAAUGAGUAUGAUGACAGCAGGAAAAAGCUUGCCGCUACUUUGCUUAAACUAAGUGAUGGUCUGGGCCGCUUCAUUCAAGAUAAAUGUCAAAACUUCAUAAAACAGUUCGACACAGGACCAAUUGAUAUACAUGCUGCUAUAGAAAGAGUUAAGGAAUUCAGCAGAUAUGACGAGCACAUUUCAAAGGCGCUUUGGAAAAUUACGAAAAAUAUAGCAGAUGUUAAAUACCAGAUAAGCGAUGUGCAAAUGGAUGUCAAGGAAGUAUUGCGCAGGAUGUAUUUGGGAGAUAAAGAGUUUUCAACAUUCCAAGGUAAAUGGUUCAGCAAUAGGUGCCCGAAGACACACGGAUGGCAGAGGUGUUUACAGAGAUGCGUCAAAGUUUAAACAGAUACCACACGAUACAGCCAAUCCAAAUAUGAAUGAUUGGAGGGGAAGAGUUAUUAGGGCAAUACCAGAUCAGGCUAUCAUAGAGUCAGCUAAUGCACCAGAAACAAACAAUAAUAUUGUAGAACAAAAUGUGGUUGAAAGAAGAAUUCAGCCCAGAAGAGACAGAAGACUACCAGACAGAUUUAGAGAUUACAUUAUAGAUUUUAAUGAACCUCAACAAUAAAUAUCAACAUUUUCAUUCCAUACCAUUAUAAACAUAAGCUUUUUAAAACAUGGGGAGAAAUGUGAUGUUGUCAUUUAUCACUCUUAUUGAUUCUUAUGACGUCGUUACAUGGUGACGUCGUCAACGUCAUUCGUUAUUCAUCUUUUGUAUAGAUCAGUUAUCAGAUACUAAAUUAAAGUU